UCAUCGUCAUUUCAGAUUAUAUAUAAUACUAUAACAUAACCUUUUGAAGAUAUCUGGAAAUCUGUGUCAAGGAUUUCACAUGAAUUCUGGUCAAAAUCGAACCAACAGAUGCCAAAGCUUCUGAUGUUUCUAUCGUCUGUGUUUUGAACAUUGAUUGCACCACAGAAGCAAGACAAUUCUCCAGUUCAAAUGAUUUGGAUGUCGAAAUUUUGAAAAAAUAACAAGGAAAUUCAACAAAAUCGUGUUGGAUUUUAUCCGAUUGCCUCGAUUUUAGCAAAAUUCAGAGACUCUGUGUUUCGUUUUCUAGAGGUGUAUUUAUUGACUUUUGUUUCUUGUUCUUCGUCUUGGAUAACAAAUUAUUAUGGUUCUGGAUCUAAACGAUAUGAUGAGGAGAGAGCAUCGGCAAGAUCAACAAUCUAGGGUUUUCUAUGAGCUAUCGGCUUUGAUUUUGAACCUACUGCGGUAUCCUCCUACGCCGAUCCAAUUCUCUGACGAGGUGUCCACGUCUUCCCGGAGGCAGCAGCCUCAACGGCCUCCGCUAACGCAGAUAACGCCGGCCGGAUUUGCAUCCUUGCUAUUGGGGAUAUCAUUGUCUCUUAUGCUGUGUGGAUCCAUAACCUUCUUCAUAGGGUUCCUACUAAUGCCUUGGGUGCUUGGCUUGGUUAUGGUGUUUUAUGUGGUUGGGAUUGUUUCGAGUUUAGCGAUGCUCGGUCGCGCCAUUUUUUUUCAUACUCUUUCUCCUAAGAAGGGCGUUCCUGCGUGGAAACUGUUGUGAACGACAGCUAGAGACCCAUUGAACUACACAUAGUACGUAAGUUGUUUCAACGAGGUGAUGCUUUCUUGCCGCAAGAAAAAAAAAACAGUAGUGUUACUGAAGUUUCGAAAUGUGGGAAAAAAGGUUGCUUAUAAAGAUAUUACUGCAAACUGUGCAUAAAUGGAUAUCUGUUUAAGGUUUUCAUGUAGAAUUUUAGUAGAGCAAAUGGAAAGCUUAUUUUCCGUUUGUUCAAAGAAAGUGAAGGUGUCCUGGAAAACAAGUCUUUUCUUCACAAUAUGGAUAUGACCAAAUUGUUUCUUUGGGUACCCUUUAAAUACGUGUAAUUCGCUCACUUCUUUUUCUUUUUGUGUUUUAUAUGGAUUAUUUCUUUUGUAUAAAGCAGGUGCACUAAUCAAGAAACUUAUAGGCCAAGUGUUUGUUA